ACUACAAUGUUUCACGCGGCUGUUUAUGCUCAUCUCGUGAUGGGCUGACAGAGAGAGAGACCAAACCAAAUGGAUUAUCUCUCCUCCAAACUCCACCCGCCACCCUUAGAGUAACUAACUGGGCCGGUAUGAUAGUGUCUAACGUCAGUCUGAGCUGCGGCGUGAGCUGCCCAUGGGAAGUCAGUGACAGUAAGACGGUGGUCACGCAGGGAGGAGGUUCAGGUUCUCUGAGUCCUACUGGACAUCUCGUAGUGGCAGUGUGUCUGGGGUUCAUAGGUACAUUCGGUUUCCUCAACAACCUCCUGGUGUUAACGUUAUUCUGCCGGUACCGUACACUGCGUACGCCCAUCAACGUCUUGCUGUUGAGUGUGUGUGUUUCGGACCUGCUGGUCUGUGUGCUCGGGACACCGUUCAGCUUCGCCGCUGCCACACAGGGCCGGUGGCUGAUCGGUAGGGCGGGAUGCGUCUGGUAUGGCUUCAUCAACUCCUGUUUGGGUAUCGUGUCUCUGAUCUCCCUGGCAGUGCUGUCCUAUGAGCGUUGCUGUACCAUGCUGUGUCGGACGCAGGCGGACGGCACUGACUUCGGUACAGCGGUGGCCGGAGUAUGUUUCUCCUGGGUCUAUGCCCUGGCCUGGACACUACCCCCGCUGCUGGGCUGGAGCAGCUACGGCCCCGAGGGCCCAGGGACCACCUGUUCAGUGGACUGGAGGACCCAGACACCCAACAACAUCUCCUACAUCGUCUGUCUGUUCAUCUUCUGUCUGUUACUGCCUUUCUCUGUCAUACUGUACAGCUACGGCAAGCUGCUCAGCGCUAUCAAACAGGUGAGCAAUGUGAGCACGGCGGUGACCCGUCGUCGUGAGCAACGUGUGUUGGUGAUGGUGGUAACCAUGGUAGCGUGUUACCUGUUGUGUUGGCUGCCGUACGGUAUAGCGGCCCUGCUAUCGACCUUUAGCCCCAGCGACCUUUUGACCCCUGAGGUUACCAUCGUCCCCUCGCUGCUGGCCAAGACAUCUACAGUCAUCAACCCUGUUAUAUACAUCUACAUGAACAGCCAGUUCUACAGGUGUUUCAAGGCUCUCCUGAGAUGUUCUAUUCCUGACCGAAGCUCCAGUUUGAAGGCAUCGUCACCGGCGACCAAAACACUCGGGACCAUUCGCAAUGGAAACGGACACGACGUGCCGGUUGUUUUGGCGUCAGUAGGCCCGUCCACUCCCCCUGACUCUGCCAACAGUUCCUUAGCGGUCCAAAUCACGCCCCCUGUCCAAACCACUCCCCCUGUCCAAACAACGCCUACUGCCACUCCCAAACCAAGACUGACCCUGGUAGCUCACUACAACGGAUAGAGAGAGAAAGGCUUUGUGUUCCCAAGACACAAUGUAUGUUAGGAGUAAGAAGGGGCUACGUCAUGAUAAGAUAGAGGUAUUUCUCUCCCUGGAGUAGUGAUUUGAAGCUGUGCAGUUAGUGGUUUUGUUCUUAUCAAUGUGAAUGAUCAGAAGUCUGAUUGAUUUUUUAGAGGUCAGGAUAAAGUUCCCAGGUGUCUUACUAUAAUCACUUUAAUUGAUCACAGUCUCACACACACACACACACACACACACA